AUGGGCUCCCUCGACACCCAACCGCCUGCAAGAGCCUCGAGCGACCCCUAUUUUGAUCUGGGAACAUUCAGUCGCAAAGUCAGUACCAACUCCCAGGAAGCCCAGAUAUGGUUCGACAGAGCCCUUGUCUGGACUUAUUGCUUUAACCAUGACGAAGCAAUCGCCUGUUAUAAACAGGCAAUCGCCCACGACGAGAACUGCGCCAUGGCCUACUGGGGGAUAUCCUUCUGCUCAGGCUCUAAUUACAAUAAAACAUGGGCGCUGUUCGACGAAAAGAGAUCGGAAGCGCUGAGGCGGGCAAACAAUGCAUCAGAGUGGGAGCAAGCGCUCAUCAACGCUCUUUCACAACGGUACCCCAACGAUGACCCAAGUAGGGAUCUUGCCGCAUGUAACCGAGCGUACGCCGAUGCCAUGAGAGAGGUGUAUAUGAGUUUCGGACGCCAAGAUUUCGACAUUAUCACACUCUUCGCCGACGCAUUGAUGAAUUGUGCUCCGCGAAAGCUAUACGACGCCUCCACGGGGCGCCCGAUAGCGUCUUCGCCGGUAUUCGAAGUGAAAGACCUACUUGAUCGGACGUUGAAGAUGCCGAAAGUCGAAUUGCAUCCAGGUCCCGCGCACAUGUAUAUCCACCUGAUGGAAAUGUCGGCGACUCCCGAGGCUGCCCUGCCGGCAGCAGAGAUGAUCCGUGAAAUGUUUCCAGAUACAGGCCAUACCUUCCACAUGCCUGCCCAUAUCGAUGUUCUCGUGGGUGAUUAUCGCCGCGCUGUGGAAUACAAUCUGAAAGCGACCGUCGCAGACGACAAAUACUUUCAACAGAAUGGCGGCUUGACAUUCUACAGCUACUAUCGUCUACAUGACUAUCACUCCCUCAUCUAUGCUGCGAUGCUUGGUGGGAAGUCCAAGGCAGCAUUGUCAGCCACGGAUCGAAUGGAAGCGACUAUCACGGAGGAAAUUCUUCGGGUCGAAACGCCUGCACUUGCAAACUGGAUGGAAUUUUUCAAGGCCGUCAGAGUCCAUGUUCUGAUUCGCUUUGGAAUGUGGGAGGAACUCAAGAAGCUCGACACGCUCGAGGAUAAAAAUCUCUAUUGUGUCACGAACGUGAUGAGACACUAUGGAAAGGCCAUCGCGUAUGCGGCCACGUCUCAGCUUGAGGAAGCGGACAAAGAACGAGAAUCUUUCAAGCUCGCUUCUAAGCUCGUCCCUCCCACACGUCUCGACUUCCCUAACAAAAUCACCGACAUUCUCAAAGUAGCAUCCGCGAUGCUCGAUGGCGAAAUCGGUUAUAGAAAAGGCGAUUAUGACGAGGCAUUCUCCAGAUUACGGGAAGCGAUUACUCUAGAAGACGAGCUGCCUUUCGCAGAGCCAUGGGGGUGGAUGCUCCCAGCUCGGCAUGCAUAUGCUGCGCUCUCAUUGGAACAAGGCAGAGUUGAGCAGGCGGCACAGGCUUAUGCUGAGGAUUUAGGGCUCUCCCCUACACCGAAACGUGCGCAUCAGCACCCAAAUAAUGUUUGGGCUUUGCAUGGAUUUCACGAGUGCCUUCAACUGUUGGGUCGUCAUGCGGAGGCAAACAUUAUCAACAAGCAACUUUCCUUGCUCUUGUGGAGGCAGAUGUUGAAAUCACAUCCUCAUGCUUUUGUCGGCUUGGGAAAUUGCCUUCGUCCUGUGGGAAGUCUGAAGUGA